AUGGAUAAUCUUCAGAUUAGCAAUAAGAUCACUAGCAGCUUUUGUACUACUAUGUCCGAGAUACAGCAGCAAUGGAGAACAAAUUUUCAGAAAAGACUCUUGCUUGCCUUUUCAAAAUUGCAGCAAGAUCAACCUCUGAACACUACUGCUGCCCAACACUGCCGAGCCUUUAGGAAGCAUCUGGAACGCAAUCAGGCCUUUGCACAAGAGAUAGCCAAGCUCAAUCAGCUUGAGAUGGAAAUCCUUGCUAUUUCAUCUAUCAAGACACAGCUGCAAGAAGACAGUUCAUAUUUCAGUGCAGAUGAAGUUUUCAGAAUCUUUACAUUCAGUAUCCGAACUGAAAGGCGAGCUGAAGUGUGCAGCUGGUUGAAUGGUCAGCAGAGUAGUGAUUAUGUGAAAACAUUAUACUGGAAUACUACAGCCUUGCUCUUCGGGAACUGCUCUAAUAACAAGCUCUUCUACUUGACAGAAGCAACCUCUAUGAUCCCGCUGCUUGCAACUGUGGUAUCAUAUUUGCAUGAGCUCAGACUAGAGGACUGGUUACAGCUAGCUCUAGCUAGAGCAUGCCUCUCAGCUUCAUACUUUGGUUUAAUGCCUUGGAAGGAGUACAUGCUGCAGACUGCUGAAAUAUUUGGAAGCACAGACUCUUCGCUUUUGCAAAGCUUGCGUCUGCGUAGCUUCAUGUUGAGGAGACUGAAAGCCGAGGAUGUAUCUCUCGGAUCCAUAAACGAUCCCGAUCGGAGAUUCAUUAGCCGCUAUGAAAACGGGAUCCACGGCGAACGGAUUGUUCUCGAGAUGAAAGUUCUUCUGAACAAUGAUGCUUCUAUCGAGGAAUCACAAGCUUGUCAAGCAAGAUUCCAACCAUUUCCUUGGUCUGAACUAUCUCUUCAGGAACGUCGCGUUCUGAUGAAAGGGCAAGCUGUAAUCGCUAAAGCUUACAGGAAUAAAGGCCAAUUCCAAAGAGCUUCUGAUCAGUAUCAGAAUUUAAUCAACGAGCAUAUAUCAGCUAAAGCUGAUAUGAUUGUUGGUCGCGACUUCCUAGCUAAUCAAGCCGAAACGCUCUGCGAGCUUCGGAACACAUCGAAAGCAAUCACUAUGUUGGAAAGCGAGGUCAAUUUUCAUAAAGGAGAUAUCGGAACGCGAUUGCAUCUAGGGCUGGCGAAUGCAUGGCUUAUGAAAUCCUUGUUUGAUUUUCAGGCAUCGGGUCGAGUCUCAGCAGCAUCGCUGCUUGAAGCACAGAAUCGUUAUGCGGCUUAUUUGAAGACUUGGGAAUCUCGACAGGCCGCAGGUCUCACUAAGACUAACAAGAGUAAUCACUAUCUUGCUCUUGCUGGCUUAGCUAUGGCGUUUCAUGUAGCAACAUUUUCCUUAAGACGAGAAUUCUCAUUGAGGGGAAGGUGGGAUUGGUCUUUCUCGGAUAUGGCAAAACUGGUAGAAGCGAUGCAAGCAUGGAGGAAAGCACGGGUUGCUGCGAUGGAAUGUUGGCCAUCAAAAGGGUUUGCUGCGAUGAUUGCGCUCUAUUCUGAGAGCGAGAUAGCUUUUCGGCUUGAUCUUGGUACUGCAAAGCAGCUGAGAAAGGAGGCGAGGAUGAUCUUUGCUGAGACAGGCCGCCAGUAUCAUUUCAUAGGGCAAGGCACGGUUUGGCUGGAUAUCGUCAGCAGCCAAUCACUGCCGGAGGAAAGACUAGAGUAG